GCAGCAACGUCGAGUGACGUCCUCAGGUCUACGCAGUACGCAGAUAGUCCCAAGCAUGAAGUUAUCUUCCGAUGCCGAUUUCCAGCGGGUCCGGUAACACAAUCGAGUAUCAAUUCUUUCCAACAAGAGCAUAAUAUUGAUUCAAUUAUCGAAGUUGAGGAGUUGGCGGGCUUCUCUUGCGGCUUAAAAAUAGCCCUCCGCAAAAUUUUGAAACAAGGACAAGAAAUCAGCUAAGAUAAAUGUUCACAGGGCUGCAAUUAAGAGGCCUCCUACGUCAAGACCGUGAAAAAUCUCUCAUUAGCGGACCUUCCUCUGUUGAAUUGGGUUGGUUUCUCAGCGACGGAAACAACGACAAUUUAGAGGGAAUCAGUUUUGCCAGUUUUGGAGAUUUAGUUGUCUCCACGAGCUCCUUCCGUUACCCCAUCUGUGGAUUGAGUGGGAGUUUUGAUUUUGAAAACAUCUUUUAUCUUGCAAUACGACGGGUUUCACUUGGCUAUUCUGCCCUUCCCCGGCAUAUUUCUUUUCCUUACUCUGGAGCUGUUGAACGGGUAGAGAUAUUGGACGAAGGAAUCAUCAAUGGUUUCACUUUCCCACUUCAGAGAUAUAUUGUCGAUAUGCACGCGCUGCCACGCUGCUGCUCUUCAUCCCUCACCAUCUUUGUCGACUUUUCAAUUGGUCGUCCACUUCAAUUCUGUUUAUCUGUCAAUGCUUGCAACGAGAAGUAUUUCAGGUCACCAUUCUUAUUCGGUCAUCUUAUCUGUAUUCCUGGGUUUCCCAUUUACACUGUAAACGGAAGCCAAUUUACGAGUCUGAAUGGCCAGCGGCUUACUAGCGCGUUAUCAAACAACAGCUGAUCUCGCCGAAGUAUGAAACACCAGGAGACUGCAGCAAUCUAUCAGUCCAAUGACUCGACCUUACGAGUUUAAAAAUCGUCGCAUCUAUUUAGAUUUAGGCGUGUAAUAUAUAACAAUACAGUGAAAAAUGCUCUGA